ACGUUAUCACGUCAUUUCCCUUUUUGCGUUGUAACGGUUAGCGUUAAAAGUUUGAAGACAUUUUUAGGCCAAGUUUUAAUUACUAUAUAUACUUGGAGAUAUAAAAAGACUAUGUUUGGUCACAGUUUUUCUGUCUGAGCGGCGGUGGACGACCUUAGCGCCGGCUGAUUUACCGGACCGGAGUGGACGUGACGCUAGAUUUAAAGUGGCAGGCAGUAGGUGAGAGCACUAAGCUUACAGGCUAACACGCGGCCAAGGAAAGGUUUGUGAAUCUGUUAAUUCAGACUUCAUGUGAGCACUAAAAUACCUGAAACUGAGCUUCCUAGUGUAAACGUUAACCACAGUCUAAUGCCCUAUCCGUGGACGGCAUGUAGUUAGCCGGUGAAGCCGAGAAGGAAACCGCCAGCAGUCCUGCUAAACAUGGAGGAUGAAGAGGUUGCUGAGAGCUGGGAAGAGGCAGCGGACAGCGGGGAAAUAGAGAGAAGACUAGAGGCCAAACUGAAAAUAAAUCAGGAGGCAAAGAAGCUCAGCUUGGGUUUGGGUGGGUCACCUGUGCGAACUGCUAUUGUAAUCCAGGAUGAUUCUCUGCCUGCAGCACCGCCAACACAAAUUCGAAUUUUAAAGCGUCCUUCGAAUAAUGGCACCACUGGAAACGCUGCAUCCUCGUCACGUCCCUCUCAGCAGAUGAAAUCUUUGGCCCAGAGGGAGGCUGAGUAUGCAGAAGCCAGGAGGAGGAUUUUGGGUAGCGCUUCUUCAGAUGAAACACCUCAGGACAAUCUAUGCCAGGACAGGCCAGUUCGAAUGAGUGCACAGCAACCAUCAGAACCAGUUCGUCCAAACAAUCAUGUGGUCCGCCAGCCCACUGGCCCAGAUGGCACCUCAGGCUUUCGACUCUGCAGAUAAAGAAAGGGUUGCCUGCUGCAGGGAAACAGCUGCCUCCUCAAGAGGCCUUCAAAGGUGGCAGUUAAAGGGGUUGUGUGUGGUAUGAAGAGCAGAGUGGUGGGAUGACAAACAUUAGAAGUAUGAAGACAUAGCAUGGAUUGAGGUGAACCUCUCCACCCUCUGUCUGC